UCCCUCCAGGAUCCUGAUAUUACCAUUACGGACAAUGUGCUCCAUUUUAAAGCUCACGGCCAUGGAGCUAAAGGGGAUAAUAUUUACACAUUCCAGAUUGAGUUCCUGGAACCAGUCAACCCUAAGCCGGUGUAUAAAGUGACGCAGAGGCAGCUGAACAUCACGGUGAAGAAGGAGGAGAGCCACUGGUGGGAGAGACUGACCAAGCAGGAGAAGCGGCCGCUGUUUCUCGCUCCGGAUUUUGACCGAUGGCUGGACGAAUCGGAUGCCGAGAUGGAACUGAAGGCCAAGGAAGAAGAGCGGAUAAACAAAAUCAGUAUAAAGAACCGAAUCCCCAAAGACCCCUUCCGACACUUGAAGAGAGGUUAUCUGUUCAUGUACAACCUCGUGCAGUUCCUGGGCUUUUCAUGGAUCUUCGUGAACAUGACUGUCCGGCUGUUCAUGCUCGGGAAAGACUCUUUCUCAGAUACUUUCCACAUGAGUGGGGACAUGAUGUACUUCUGCCAGAUGUUUGCCUUGAUGGAGAUUGUCAAUGCCUUGAUAGGCCUCGUCAAAGCUCCUUUAGCUCCUGUCUGUAUCCAGAUCUUUGGCAGGAAUUUUAUAUUGUUUGUAGUUCUUGGAAACGUGGAGGAAAUGCAGAGCAAAGCCGUCGUCUUCUUCAUCUUCUACAUUUGGAGCACGGUUGAGAUAAUCAGGUAUCCCUACUAUUUGCUUUCCAGCAUCAAUAUGGAAUGGAAAAUUCUUACUUGGCUUCGAUACAGCAUAUGGAUGCCUCUCUAUCCGUUGGGAAUGUUGGCAGAAGCUGUAGCCGUGAUCCAGGCCAUUCCUAUCUUCACCAGCACCGGAAAAUUCAGCUUCACCCUCAAUUAUCCACUGAACAUCACCAUCCCAUUUUCCGUCGUUCUGCAGCUCCAUCUCAUCUUCUUAUUCCUAGCACCAUUUAUCCUUUUCCGUCACCUCUACAAGCAACGUCAGCGACGCCUCGGACCUAAAAAGAGGAAAAUGCACUAAUUGGGAGUCUCUUUGUUUUCUAAUCUUCCUCAAAGAUGGGUGCAGGCGGUGGGCUUCGGGCUCUUCCAAAACCCUUUUCCUCGCCCUAUUAACCCGAAAACCAAUUUUGUAGCCGCGAUGACACGUCUUCCUUGCCUGACAGCAGAAAAUAGAUCCGUCCAAGCUAAUGUUUUCUCCUCUGCACCUCACUCCCUUCUCGGGUAAGCUAAGCAGGGGAUUCAUACUAAAAACCUCUUUCCUAUGAAAUAGACCCGGAGCCUUGAGUGAAAAGAAAGCUGCUUUCCUGGGGAGGGAAAAAGCAUUAAAAAACUCCGCCAUCCAAGAGAUGCAGAAAAGAGUUUUUCCAAACACCAACUUUAGGAGGAUCUAAAGAACCUACAAACAUAGUUCAGGCUUGUUAAGGAUGAGCCCGUGAGAAACUUUCCUGUGGCUUUAAGGGAGCGAGUGGUUCGUUAGGAUCCAUUUUCCUUUUUUCCUUACCCCAACAGCAAAAAUGACCAAAUCUGGAGGGGCAAAUUCAUUGCCUCCUUCUUCCUAGGGGCCCGCUUGUAUUGGAUUCUUUAUCGUCUGUAAAAUUCCCGACACACGAGUAUUAAAAACCUCAAAAUCAAAUUUAAAA